AUGUCAGGUGGAAUACAAAUCGGAUAUGAUGGCUGGACCGGUAUUUCCGAAGACAGUGAGCAUCACUAUGCAAAGGAGAAUUUUAUCCGUUACAUUUCCUUUGGAAGAAUUAUUGAAAAAUGCUACAACCUCCGCGGCGGUAUCUACUGUUUCCUCUCGAAGGAACAUACAUUUGGCUCGACCAGUUAUUUUCGCCAGAUAACAUUCGAGGAUGGCAAGAAAUGGGUUGUUCGGAUUCGAUUUCCAGCUCCUACCGUGGGGAACGAAGACGCCAACGUCAAGAUGUGUUACGAAUCCAUGAAAUUUCUCAAGGAGCAGACAACAGUCCCUGUUCCAGAGGCUCAUUACUGCGACGCCUCGCCAACCAACGCGGUAGGUGCCCCGUAUAUCUUAAUGGAUUAUAUCCACGGCACCCCAGCAGAUGACCUCAGAGCGACCCUGAGAUACGGGGAGAAUGUAUUCGGGACAACCAGGCAAAACAUAGACUUCAGAAGACAGCUCGCUAAGAUACAGGUGGAACUAGCAAGCAAGAAGUUUGAUCGUAUCGGACGUCCCAGCCCAGAUGGCAACGGAGGGUAUCAUGUUGUAUCUACACCCACAGAGUCGACUCAUGGCUCCAGCGCCGAAUUUUAUAGGCGUCUAGCCUCAUCUCUCCUGCAAGACGCAUCAGAAAAAGGUGUGACGGUUUUUGACGAAAUCUCGCUUUGCAUCCCAUCUCUGUUCGAAAGACUUGUUGCUCGAUGGUCAACUCACCAGGGUCCAUAUGGCGUAGCACUUACUGGUCUUGGUGCGCAUAACGUUCUUGUCAAUAGAAACUUCGAGAUUCAGGGCAUUAUUCAUCCAGAAGGGUUAAUAGCAGUGCCUCUCGAAAUACAGGCCCAGAUGCCUCUGUGUAUGGGACUGCAGCCGUCUCCUCCUCACUCCCUUGCGAGCUCGGUCCAAGAACUAACGAGAAUAACGCAGGAAUGGGAGAGAGCCAGAGAGUAUAUCUCAUACUUGAAGGAGGCAGAUAUAGCUCAUUACGCCGAGACUCUGCGGGAUGCUGAUGAUGCUCCACUGCACAGCGCAGUACUAGCUCCAGCAGCGGUUAUAUACCAGGGAUUGGUCGAGUACAGGAAUUUUCGUGAAUUAAUCGACCAUAAGUGGCUGAUUGCGUAUGCUAACCUGUUGCGAUAG